CUUCCGCUAUUUCUGUGAAAAGAAGCAUUGCGUAGUGGCGUUGAUCGCGCAAACUAACAAUAGACCUCAGAAAGGACCUUACGGGGCUUCUUAUUCAGAAAGUCUCACUACGUAGAAUUUCUCGUGCGCGCGUGUGAGAUAGUGGGGUUGAGCAAAAGGGGCGUAGCCUCUGCUAUGGCAGGCCCUCGCAGGUGGUUGUUGUCAGUCCCUGGCAGCGGGUUAUGGCGACGGUGGUGAUGAAUGAAUUCUCCGGGAGGGAGAGGGAAGAAAAAGGACUUAGGCGCCUCCAGUUCCCCGACUCGGGCCGCCGGGGCCUCCCCUUCAUCAGCGGCCGGCCCGGCUCCCGCCCCACACCGCCAACAGGCGGCGGUGGCUUCUCCUCACAAGCGGAAUCUCUACUACUUCUCGUAUCCGCUUUUCGCCGUCUUCGCGCUGCUUCGUUUCCUCGCCUUCCAGCUCGGGCUGCUCUUCGCCUGGCUCUGUGAGCGCCUCUCCCGCGGCGGGGCGUUCAUGGCCGCCGCCAAGGGCACCAGCCAGGCCGGGGAUGCGCCCGAGUCGGUACGGACUUGUCACAAGCGCGCCUUCGAGUGCAUCUCCACGGCGCUGCGCAUCGACGAAGACGAGGCGGCAGGACAAAAGGAACAAGCUGUUGAAUGGUAUAGAAAGGGAAUUGAAGAACUGGAGAAAGGAAUAGCUGUAUUAGUUAUUGGUCAAGGAGACCUUUAUGAUCGAGCUCGUCGCCUCCAGUCUAAAAUGAUGACAAAUUUGGCAAUGGCCAAGGACCGUUUGCAGCUGUUAGAGAAGAUGCAGGCAGUUAAGCAAAUUCCCAAGCCGCAAAUGGAAGUCUGUAGUGACAGUACUAACCUGGUAUGCCGCAAUGGACAUCUCCAGUCAGAAAGUGGAACUGUUCCAAAAAAGAAGGAUCCGUUGUCUCACAGUAGUAAUUCACUUCCUCGCUCAAAAUCUGUGGCAAAGGCUGCAUCUGGAGGACUUUCUGGGCAUCAAAGAACACCUAGUUAUACUGGAAUUCCUAAUUUUUCUGUACCUAGAGUAGGAAAUGUUCCUUCAGCUGCAACUCAGAAGGCUACCCCAAAAAAUAAUAGAGCCACCAAGCCUUCUACUCCUUCAACUGCUGUACGAAAAAAGAAAGACAUGAAGAUUUUUAAAAAUGUGGAUAGUAACCUUGCUAAUCUUAUUCUCAAUGAAAUUGUAGACAGUGGGCCAUCUGUCAAAUUUGAUGAUAUUGCUGGGCAAGAGUUGGCUAAACAGGCACUGCAAGAAAUUGUUAUCCUUCCAUCACUGAGACCUGAAUUGUUUACAGGACUUAGGGCUCCUGCACGUGGAUUGCUGUUGUUUGGCCCACCAGGAAAUGGAAAGACCAUGCUGGCCAAAGCAGUGGCUGCAGAAUCAAAUUCAACCUUCUUUAGCAUAAGUGCUGCAAGUCUGACAUCAAAAUAUGUUGGUGAAGGGGAGAAACUAGUGCGUGCACUUUUUGCAGUAGCCAGAGAACUUCAACCAUCUAUCAUAUUUAUUGAUGAAGUGGAUAGUUUAUUAUGUGAAAGAAGAGAAGGUGAACAUGAUGCUAGCCGACGUUUAAAAACAGAAUUCUUAAUAGAGUUUGAUGGUGUACAGUCUUCAGGAGAAGAUCGCAUUUUAGUAAUGGGAGCAACUAACAGGCCACAGGAACUUGAUGAUGCUGUGCUCAGGCGAUUCACCAAACGAGUAUAUGUAUCGUUACCCAGUGAAGAGACACGACUGCUUUUACUAAAAAAUCUCUUGAGCAAACAAGGAAAUCCAUUAACCCAAAAGGAAUUGGCACAGUUAGCUAGAAUGACAGAUGGAUACUCAGGUAGUGACUUAACAGCAUUAGCAAAAGAUGCAGCACUGGGCCCUAUACGAGAGUUAAAACCAGAGCAGGUGAAGAACAUGUCUGCUAGUGAGAUGAGGAACAUUCGGCUGUCAGAUUUCAACGAGUCUUUGAAGAAAAUAAAAUGCAGCCUUAGCCCUCAAACCUUAGAAGCUUACAGUCGCUGGAACAAGGCCUUUGGAGACACUACAUUUUGACAGACAGCUUUAUCAAAGGAGGGGAGAAUGUUGUCAGCAAGGGACAGCUAAUUCAAACAAGUGCUGGAUGUUUACAAGACAUCGCUAUCUGCACUAAAAGGCAAGACUGAUUUUUAAAAACAGAAUAGUUGAUGAUGAGCUCCUUAAACUUUAAUACCAGGAUUUACACCCAGCACGCUAUGAGAGCACAGUAAAAUGGGGAAAAAAAUUCUACCAAACGAAUGAUAGGAAAAAAUGUACUUUGUAUAUUUUUUGUGUUUUAUAAAAGUUGCUCAUGAUAUUUACUUUUGUUUUGUUUUUCUUAAUCACUAAGCCUUGUUUCUCAGUUUCUUGUGUAUCGAUAAUGUGCCAAAUUUUUAAAAAAUCCAUAUGGAUAAGGAUAUUAUUUUGAAAGGUCCACAAUUCAAAGCGACUACAUAGUCUGUUCUUUCUACUUGAGGAGUCCCACAGUCAAUAUAGUAGUACAACCAAUUGGUAUAGCAAAUGGCUUAAAGUUGUCAAUCUUUUCCUGCAGUAUUUCUCCAGUGCAUUUAUAAAUAUCCAUGGUAGGAUGGUUGUUUUUGUAUCAGUCAAAGAAAGCGUGAAAUAGUACUAAUUCAAAUCAAUGGCAGAGUUUCUCUUCAGUGCUUGUUUUGUGUUCAUGAUGACCAAAAGCCAGGGAAUUUUCCAUUCUGGUGAUUUUCUAAUAUAUGCAAGUGAUCAUAGCUACAAUUACUUGUUUAAUUGUAUUAGUCUUUUAUAUCUUCCAUGUACUUCAGUUUAUAGUUGCACAAUUUUUUAAAGUUUUUAUUAAAUGACUUGUAAAUUAAUGGGCUUUUAAUAUUAAAAGAACAGAUGUAUUUACUUCUCUGUCUAAUAUGAUUGUUGUUUACAAAAUGGAUAAUUUAUUCAGUUAUAUGUUUGUUUGCUAUAAUGGAAAGAGUAUGAAGUAAAAAGACUAAUUCGUUUUUUAAAAUUUAGUAGUUGUGCAAAAGGAUAGAAAAAGUGGGACAAAAGCAUACAUUUCUGUUAAAAUGUUGACAUUGCUUUUUGAAGGGUUACGUCUGAACUUAAAGCAGGAUUUCAUGAAUUUUAAGUUUUAUUUGACAAUACAUAGCAGUAUUUGCAAAUCAACAAUAAUACUCCUGAUCUUAAACUAAGCUCUUCACAUUUCUACAGAUCCCUUCAGUUGCUAUAUCGUAGAAGAAACUAUGCCAUAUGUGCAAAGGCAAAUCGAAAAACAUUUAUAUAUUUUAGCUAUUGCUAAACCUUUGUAUGAUUUGUUAAACCAUCACAGCUUUAUUUAAAAUAUAAUAAAAGUAUAUUACAUGGCUCUUAUAGCUUGACUGAACAGGGCAAAUCUUUUAAUAUCUGAAACUUCAUGGUAAAUGAAUUGUGAUUUAUCUUUCUUUGAGAAUUUGGAAAACUGGCUUUCAUACUACUGUGGAUACCCUUUAAUACCCUUCUCUAAAUCUUUUCCUCCAAUUUUCUUUGCUUACACAUAAAGUGUGUGUGUGGGUAUAUACGGAUGCAUGCCUCCAACUUCAGCAAAUAUUUGUAAGACAUGCCUGCUAUGGAGUAAAUUUGGAUACUGUAAUCUAAUCAAGGACAUUGAACAUUUUUAUGUUUGUCCCUGAUGUAGUAAAAUCUUGUGGUUGCCUGAACUCUCAAUAAGGAAUACCAGAAUUGUCAUUUUAAAACUACAAACAUCAGGCUUCAAAAAUCUAAUAAUCAAAACUACUAUUUGGCUUUAAGUAAAGGCUGCAGGAAUCUGCCUUAUUUUAACUUCAAGGGCUAAUCAUUCCUGAAUUAGACUUACAGUCAAGGCAUAAUUAAUUAAAACAAAGAUUUUCUCAGGCAAGACUAUUUUUAUGCUGUUUGAAUCAAGUAUUACUGAGGUGAUUUAGAUAUAUAAAAACAGAAUGAAAACUGCCAGGUCAAUUGGCUUAAUUCCUUUUUAAGCAUGUGUUAGAAGUAUUUCAGAUGCUUACUUGAACAAAUUCUACAGAUCCUAGUAAUCUCCUUUAUAUCCUUUCUAGUGUAUAGUAGCUUUGAUUAUUCUCUGUAUUACAGGUUGUUUCACAAGAAUUCAAAUGGUUGAAUUUUAAGUUUCAUGUAUUCUUAUUCUUAAACUUUUUUUCCUGGGGGAAAACAUUUGAAAUCUGUUAUAUGUAAAUAUUUAGCAAAUUUCGAAAUAUAGUGGGAGACUACAUAAUGUUUGCUUUUAUGCAAUAAAUAUUACUUUAAGACAAAGAUAACACCAUACCAUUUCAUUCAAGCCAUAAUCCAAUAAUGAUUGUAAUCAUUUCCUUAUUUGGGAUCUCUUUAAUAGAAAUUUGUGUGAGAAACAUUUAAUAUUUGUCUCAUACCAUUCUAAUAAUUCUGUUGACCACAGUAUUUUCUAGUAAAAUAGUGUACUAGCCCCCCCUUUUUUUUUAAUGGGCUGGCAUUAAUGAGAACCUGAUAAAAUCUCCAAAUUCAUUCCAAGAUAGAUACAGGAUUUAUUUGUUCAUCAAGUAGUGUAAAUUGUUGCCAUGUCUCUGUUCAGUUAUCAAGCAAACCACGAUAAUCUACUCCAUGGCAGUUGGGUUUUUAAUUGAUGUUUGUUGUUUACUGUGUCAUCUGGGCCCAUAAGAAAUGCAUCUUGGAUGUCCAGUGAACAGAUUGUAGGCAAUUUAAAAUUUAUCUUUUGAGAUUCUUCUGAGAAAUGUGUUACACUAUUUAUAGGAAAAAAAACAGGAAAGUGUUCUGUCUAUACAUGUAACUUCCUGAAUGUUCUAACAGGCAUUUGUUACCUUUUCUGUAAAGAAUGUUCUUCUCAAUUUGUUAUCUCAUUUAAUAAAAACUUGACAUGUAAAUAUGCUUUUAAUUUUAAAUCAAAGGUGCUACUAAAAUUAGGAUUCUUCUUGUUGAACAGAUUUUCAGCUAUGAAGAGACAACUUUGAAUUCAUUUUGAGAAAAUUCUCUAGCCAUUGCUAUUAAGUAUCAAAAUAUGAAAUGUUAUUGGGAAACCAAAAUGUGUAUAAGCAUGAAAAAUGUUCACAUAGAAUUAGAUUGACAAACUUAUUUGUUGCAGAUUGUCUUAAUACUCAGUUUUGUUCCAUUUUGAGUUCUUGACUCAUGACUUCCAAAUCGGUUGCCUAUUACUUUUUGCUGUUAAUAUUUCUCAUAUCAUAAGAUAAUGACUGUUGCGGGAUAUUUCCAUUUGCUAUCUCUAAAAUAAGACUAGAAAUAUAACUAUUGAAAUUCUAAGUAAAUGUGUUGAAACAGACUUUUUCAUUUUAUUUCCUCAGUUGUUAUUCUAAAUAAAAAUGUGGA